AUGGCCCUGAUGCUGGACGCACCCAUACUGACUGGCGAUAGACGCCUUCGCGAAGCGAGGCACAAAGAGUGCCGCCGCGGUUCCGAGAACGCCAAAGGCAUCCGUCCGUUUGACGGAUCUCACGAACGUGACCGGCAAGAAGGGCUUCGGAGACUUGCAGAAACUCUACGUGUUCGAAGUCGACACGCGGCACGACGGGGAGAGCAGGCCUGCCAGUCUGCAGGUCAUGAUGUGGCUUGCAUCCAGCGACGGGCCGCUUCUCAAGCAAUACGACGACCGCGUUAUCGAAUGCUUCGGCGGCCAAGGCCGUGGCAUGAGCGAGGGCGCAGGGAAGAUGAUUAG